GGUCCAAAAGUAGGCCAACGAUAGAACCACAAAAUGGAAUACCAACAACCACCAUCAUCCUCACCUUCUUCCUCUCCAUCUUUAUCUUCUUCGUCUACAUCUUCACCAUCUAAAACAGAGGAACUUGACUAUCCUCUCCAUGCUAUCGGUUUCGAAAUCGACGAAGUUUCUCCCGCUAAAGUUACCGGACAUCUCCUUAUCACUCACAAAUGUUGCCAGCCAUUCAAGGUUUUACAUGGUGGCGUUUCGGCGUUGAUAUCGGAGUCAUUGGCGAGCAUGGGGGCGCAUUUGGCGAGUGGACUGAAGCGGGUUGCCGGGAUUCACCUGAGUAUCAACCAUGUCAAGAGGGCGGAGAUGGGCGAUCUCGUUGUUGCUCAGGCUCUUCCAAUCACCCUCGGUCGUACCGUUCAGGUUUGGGAAGUGAAACUAUGGAAAACAAAGCCCGGUAACUUGGACUUAGAAACCAAAUCGUUGGUAUCAUCAUCCAGGGUGACUCUUCUUUGCAACCUUCCCGUGCCAGAACACGCUAAGGAUGCUGAUAAACACCUUCGAAAAUAUGCCAAAUUGUGAUGAAUGAAUCAUUAAAAUUUAUGUGUAUAUAACAUAUCACGACAUCAAUUCCGAAGCAUUUAUAUCAAUAAAUUGGUUGAAAGUUCUCAAAUUGAUAUUUUAGAUUAUCUUUUAUUAUUA